AUGCGACCGGAGCUGAGCGCGAACCCCUUCUGGCGAGUCGGAUCCUGCCGGGAGGAGCUCCCGGCUUCGACGGAAUGCUUCGAGAAAACAGUGCUCGUAUCCGUUCUCGCUAUUUAUAUGCUGUGUGGUGGACCGAUCUAUCUCCUGAUGCACAGAAAACGUCCCAGGCGACCUUCACCCGUCACUGCUCUCUUUCUUGCAAAAAUCAUCACGAGCAGCUUUCAAGUCUGUCUCCAUUCGUAUUCGGCCUACGUCGCGGCGUCGACUGCCAUUAGCUCCGUGUCGGACUUCCUCGCCCCCCUAUUGAAGACCCUGAUAUUCUCGAUGGUCAUCAGCAUUCAGAUCGCAAAUCGCUGCAAAGGGUUUCGGAGUUCAGCUUUUCUGACGGUCUUCUGGAUAUUGGCGAUGCUAUGUGAGCUCCCAGCGUACUAUAGAACUUUAUUGACGGUUUUCGGACCGGCGAGAACGAGCUUCGCUCUACCGACAAUGUCCGAGGCCACAAUCACCAUGAUGACUUAUCCGCUGAUUCCAAUGCAGUUCUGCCUGGACACAUUCAGCGAGAAGUUCCCCGAAUCGAGCCCUGAGCUGAAGCGUCGCAAUCCAAUAUACUCCGCCUCCUGUGUUUCGAAGGUGUUCUUCGAGUUCUUCUCAGAUGUCGUUAUUGCCGGAUACCAAAAGGUACUGUCGUUCGAAGACCUCCCGGACCCGAUCGAAUCAAUGGAUUCCUCGUCGAGUUUCAAGGAAUGGGAAAGCAGCGGGAAGAAUCUCAGGGACCCCGGCGCGAGAAUCAACCUGAUCAGAACGCUUUUCAAGACCUACUGGCCGCAAUUGACGGUCGUUUGGACCCUGGAAACGAUGUACGUCAGCCUAAGAAUCACCUCUUUCUUCGCGUUGAACGAGGUGUUCAUCUUCCUGAACGACCCCGAUGCACCCGCGUGGAAGGGCUUCGUGUACGUGUCGAUCAUUUUCAUCGUGUACAGCGUUUCUUCGACCCUCAUGAGAUGGGCGGAUUUCUUCCUCUUGUCGCUCGGAAUCAAGAUCAAGUCGGUUCUCAUCGCAGCGAUUGUGAGGAAGUCCCUCCGAGUGGAUAGAGCUCUCCUCGAGAAUUCCACCGUCGGCGAAUCGGUGAAUCUGCUCGCGGUCGACGCGGACAAGAUCCAUCAAUUCUCGAAUUACGUCGGGAACCUCAUAGGGUGUCCGUUUUACGUGGGUCUCUGCACCUGGAUGCUGUGGAACUUCAUCGGACCCUCGUGCCUCGCGGGUAUCUCAGUAAUUCUAUUGAUGAUGCCCGUAACCGCUGCCGUAGCAGGUCAGAGCCGGGCUGUCCAAGCAAAACAGAUGGCUUUGAAGGAUUCGAGACUCCGAUACAUCGGUGAGCUCUUGUCGAAUGUGAAGAUUGUGAAAUUCUACGUUUGGGAGACGCCCUUCGUCUCUCGGAUACUAGGAGUCCGCAACGACGAAAACAGGGAGCUCCGGAAAUUCGCCUACUGGACGGCCGUUCUCCGAUUUUUCUGGUCCGUUUCGCCGUUCCUCGUUUCGCUGUUCGCGUUCGUAUCGUAUCUACUCGUGAACGAUCUGACGAAGAUCGAUGCCAACAUAGCAUUCGUCUCGCUGGGGCUCUUCAAUAGCAUGCGUUUCCCGCUGGCAUUGAUUCCGGACGUGAUCUCGAACGGUGUUCAGAGCUUAGUGUCUGUUCGCCGGAUCGAAAGCUUCUUAAAUGCGGGAGAUCUACAGGAUAAUGUGAUAGGCGAUCGGCCUGGAUCUAGAAACGCGGCACGAUGGCGGAGCGCGUCACUAAGCUGGGAGCGAUCGGAAACCACUCUCAGGAACAUUGAUCUCAGUGUCGAAACCGGCGACCUGGUAGCGAUCGUCGGAGAAGUGGGAUCUGGAAAAUCGUCGCUGUUGAACUCUCUGCUGGGCAACAUGAAACUCUUGGCGGGAUCGGUCGACCUCGCGGGAUCCGUUGCCUACGUCCCUCAGCAGGUCUGGAUACAAAACGCGACGAUCAAGCAGAACAUCGUGUUCACUCAGGACUUUGACAGGAAGCUCUACGAGAGGGUGGUUCGUAGAUGUUGUCUCAGCUCCGAUUUGAGAAUUCUUCCCGGUGGCGACAACACGGAAAUCGGCGAAAAAGGUAUCAACUUGAGCGGUGGUCAGAAACAGAGGGUUUCCUUGGCCCGAGCCGUUUACCAGGAUCGAGACGUGUACCUCCUUGACGACCCUCUGAGCGCGGUGGACGCCCACGUCGGCGCCGCCUUGUUCCGGGACGUUAUCGGAAACAACACGGGCAUGCUGAAGGACAAAACCCGCCUUCUAGUGACGAACACCCUUUCUGUACUGCCGAAUGUUGAUCGGAUCGUCGUCUUGAAGCAUGGGGAAAUCGUCGAGCACGGAACCUACGCAGAGCUCCGAGACUCGAAAACCAGUGAAUUCGCCAAACUGCUCAGAGAGCAUGAGAAAGCAGAUCGGCGGGAAGCUCCGGAACGUGAACCCUCCGUCGAUAUCCGAGACGAAUGUAUAGACAGUUCGUUGGGCUGGUCGUCAACAUCGAGCUCGAUCGAUCAUUAUUCCAAAAGGGCGGGCUGCGAACUCAUUUCAGAAGAGACGAUGCAAUCGGGUUCGGUGAAACUUUCCGUUUUCACGAAGUAUCUCUCGAAGAUGGGAUUCCCACUCCUACUGACCAUCGCGCUGGGUUUCGCUUCAGCACGAGCUUUCGACGUACUGAGUGGCAUAUGGUUGAGUGAUUGGUCGAACGACGAACUCGGAAGAAACUCCGAACACUACGCUCAACGCACCAAGCGCAUUCUCGCUUACGCCGCCUUCGGGCUCUCCUACGGUAUAUUAACUUUUGUUGGCGCCGCUUGUCUUGCCCACGGCACUCUGAGUGCUGCUAGAAAGCUGCACAAUCGGAUGCUGAACUCGAUUAUCCGAGCACCGAUGAGCUUUUUCGACACGACGCCGCUGGGUCGCUUGUUGAACCGCUUUGGCAAGGACGUAGAUCAGCUAGACAUUCAGCUACCGGUGGCGGCGAACGUUUUUCUGGACAUGUUCUUCCAAGUUGUGGGCGUUAUAGUUUUGAUCUCGGUCAACGUACCUUCGUUCCUUCUGGUGGCUAUCCCCCUUCUCGCAGUUUUCGCUUACGUACAAAAGGUCUACAUGAGAUCCAUACGACAAAUCAAGCGCAUGGAAGCGGUAUCUCGUUCUCCAGUCUACAAUCAUUUCGCGGAGAUGCUCAACGGCUUGGACAGCAUAAGAGCUUAUCGAGCGGAAUCUUACUUCGUGAGCACUUCGGACUCGAAAGUCGAUAUGACUCAGAACUGCUCGUUCCAACUGUCCGUCGGGAAGCUCUGGCUGAGAACCCGCCUGGACAUGAUCACAAACUUUCUCAUUCUGGCGGCAGGCGUUCUGGUCGUUCACCAGAAAGGCACUGCGGAUCCAAAUGUUGCCGGAUUCGUCAUCUCUUACACCAUGGGAGCAGCGUACGCAUUCAACAUGAUAGUUCACUACGCGUCGGAGGCCGAAGCGUCGAUUGUUGCAUCCGAAAGAAUCGAGGAAUACGUGGACGUUCCACCGGAAGCACCGUGGAAAACGAAUUGCGUGCCAGAUGACUCAUGGCCCGCCAGUGGCUGCGUAACGUUUGAAAAUUAUUCUACGAGGUAUCGUGAGGGCUUGAAUUUAGUUUUGAGCGACGUCGAUCUCCGAAUCCGGAGCGGGGAGAAAGUAGGGAUCGUUGGUCGCACCGGAGCGGGGAAAUCGUCCUUAACUCUCUCGCUCUUCCGUAUGAUCGAAGCAGCUGCGGGUCGGCUCAUCAUCGACGACAUCGAUGUGGCGCAGCUGGGACUCCAUGAUCUCCGACCGCGCCUCACUAUCAUACCGCAGGAGCCCGUGAUUUUCUCCGGGACACUCAGAGUCAAUCUAGAUCCCAACGAUGAGUAUACCGAUGGGGAGCUGUGGAGCGCGUUGGAAAAAGCACACGUCAAGAAACAGUUCGACUCGAACGGUUUGGAAACCGAGAUCUCAGAAGGGGGCGCCAACCUCUCGUUGGGCCAACGACAAUUGGUAUGUCUGGCCCGAGCCAUACUGCGCAAGAAAAAAAUUCUCGUCAUGGACGAAGCUACGGCCGCGGUGGAUGUGGAAACCGAUGCUCUCAUCCAGGAGACAAUACGGAACGAUUUCUCCGAUUGCACAAUUAUCACCAUCGCCCACAGACUCAACACGAUAAUGGACUCGCACACCGUGAUUGUCAUGGAAGCCGGAGCCGUCGUUGAGAGAGGAUCGCCUGACGCUCUCCUCCGAGACCCUGAGUCCCGCUUCCACGCCAUGGCACUCGAGGCUGGUCUCUUGGCCGACGCGAGGACCCCGGCCGAGAAAAGAGCACAAAAGGAGCCGGAUAAUUGA